AUGAUCAAAAUGUGUAAUCAUUCAGAACUGUUAUCAAAGAUACAAGAACUGGCUGCGCAGUACAAGAUGCCAUCAGAGUCAGUGUAUUUAAACUGUGCUCCCUCUGAGGAUCAAAACGGUGAAUUAAAUAGAAUAUAUCAAAAUCAGCUCAAAAUCACAUUAGCUCCACCACAACCCCAAUGCAGUCAUCAUCGAAAACAUUGA